AUGGCCAUUGAGCUCCUCCGUCACACACCCACCACCAGCUUCCUCAUUGUGGAAAAGAACAGCGGUCUUGGAGGGACAUGGUAUGAGAACCGGUAUCCUGGAUGCGCAUGCGACAUCCGCAGCGCUCUGUAUAGCCUUUCGUUUGAACAGCGUGGGAAUUGGACACGGGACUACCCUGCCGAAAAGGAAAUCCUAAAAUAUCUGGAUGAUGUUUCCAGUAAAUGGAAUCUGCGUCGUCAUAUUCGGUUCGAUUCGACCGUGCAUGAAGCACACUGGAAUAACCAGCACUUGCAAUGGGAGGUUCACGUUUCUACCGGUGAUCUGGAGCGUUCAAUGCAGCCACCAUACCGGCUCACCACCGACUUCCUUGUUUCUGCAGCUGGACAACUGAACAUUCCCCACUACCCCGACAUUCCAGGUCUCAACAGCUUUGUCGGGCAGCAAAUGCACUCCGCUCGCUGGGAUAGCACCUACGAUCUUGCAGGGAAGCGGAUUGCUGUCAUCGGAAACGGUUAUGAUCCUUGA